UUAAUGGAACGCAUUUUCCCUUCCAGUUUCAUACCUUUCUCUCUCUGUAAAUGGCAGCACUAUCUCUUCAACCAACGUCUCACGACAACGAAGAAGGAAUCUCCGCUACUUCCACUUCCGUUUGAUUCUCAAUCUUCACGAUCAUGGAGGUUCUCUUCGGUCCUCCCUCUUUCACCAUUCCGGACGCCUCUUCUUCCUCUUUCGUCAGAGACCGAACCGCCGUAUCUCCGCCGCCGCAGCACCGUGUUGAUUCGCCUUGGAACUCUAUCAAAUCGGAUUUCGGACGCUUCGCGUCCGGUAAAGGUCCGGAGGAUGAAAUCGAUUACCGUUCCGAUUCCUCGUCGUCGAUUGGAGUUCCUGAUGAUGAUAGCGAUGAGGAGAGCGUUUCGUCCACUGGCGGAGAUCGCGAGGAAGUUCAGAGUAAAUUAAAUGCAGGAUUGAACUCUGUUGGAUCGUUGGAAAGGUCUCUUCCAAUUAAGAGAGGCUUAUCGAGUCAUUUUUCUGGAAAAUCGAAAUCGUUUGCGAAUCUAGCAGAGGCGAAAUCAGUAAAAGACAUUGAGAAACCUGAAAACUCAUUCAACAAGAGGAGGCGAUUUUUUAUUGCGUCGAAAUUGGCCAGGAAAACUUCCUUCUACACCUGGCCAAACCCUAAGUCGAUGCCUCUGUUAGCGCUCAGAGAAGAAGAACACCACGACGACGGCGACGGCGACAAAGAUGAAUCACUUGCUCCAUAUUCUUCAGAAGAUACUGAAGAUGAAAAAGAAGAACCGAAGGAAAAAAGAUUUUCAGAUUUUAAUCACAGAAGGUUGAUGAGCUUUAAGUCUAGAAGCUUCUCUCUGGCGGAUCUGCAACAGGAGCACCAUGAUAUCGAUCGACAAGAAGAACAAUAAUCCAUAGCCUUACCCUCUCUCUUUCUCUCUCUCUAUUUUUCCUUGUUUUGUUUAUUUGUUUCUUCCCUUUCUUUUCCCCUUGAUUUUAUUUUCUCGUCGUAUAUGUAUUGUAUCCAUUAUACAUAAAAUAGUAUUUUUUUU